CACUAUGCCCGCAUGACAGAGAAUCAGGCCUUCACAUGCGUAAGACAGCGCGCUGGGUGUAUAAGACGUCCGGUGCGUUGCGGCGUGAGGUGGUUCACACCAUGGGCCUACAAACCGUCCACUGGUGAUUCGCUGUAGCACCCUCAGUGAGGCGCUGCUUUGGGUUUAGCGGCUUUCUUUUCACCGAGGCAAUUGCUAUCCCGCGUGGAAGCCGUCAUAGUCGCCCAUACAAAGACCCAGACUCCGCGCUUUCUUUCUCCCGCAUUCUCUUCGACCUUCCCCAUCCUCCGCACUUUCUAUUUAUCUUACUCACCGUCAAGAUGCCUCAGCAGGUCAUUGUUGUUGGUGCUGGCUUGUCCGGCUUGAGUGCUGCUCACACCAUUUAUUUGUCUGGUGGCAAUGUGCUGCUUCUUGACAAGAACAACUUUAUGGGCGGAAACUCUACGAAAGCCACCUCCGGUAUCAACGGCGCUCUCACGCGGACGCAAGUAGACCACAAGAUCCAGGACAGCGUCAAGCUGUUUUACGAUGACACUCUUAAGUCCGCACGAGACAAGGCGCGGCCUGAUUUGAUUAAGGUCCUGACCUAUAAGUCCGCGGCAGCCGUUGAAUGGCUCAUGGAUGUGUUCAACCUCGAUUUGACCCUCGUCUCGCGAUUGGGCGGCCACUCCCAACCGCGAACCCACCGUGGCCACGAUGCCAAGUUCCCCGGUAUGGCCAUCACGUACGCCCUCAUGCAGCGGUUUGAGGAGCUUGCCGAGGCGGAGCCGGACCGUGUUCAGCUCGUCAAGAAAGCCAAGGUCGUCAGGGUCAACAAGGACGGCAACCGUGCCACUGGUGUCACAUAUCUUUUCAAUGGCGAGGAGACAAUGGUGGACGGCCCGGUCGUGCUCGCGACUGGUGGUUAUGCUGCCGACUUCACAGAGACUUCUCUGCUGAAGAAGCACAGGCCGGAUACCUUUGGUCUAUCAACCACCAAUGGCGCGCACGCUACUGGCGAUGGUCACAAGAUGCUGAUGGAGAUCGGCGCCAACGGCAUCGAUAUGGACAAGGUUCAGGUGCAUCCUACCGGUCUGGUAGAUCCCAAGGAUCCAACUGCUAAGACGAAGUUCUUGGCUGCUGAAGCUCUGCGCGGUGAGGGAGGUAUCCUCCUAAACAGCAAGGGCAAGCGCUUCUGCGACGACCUCGGCCAUCGCGACUACGUCUCCGGCAUGAUGUGGGAAGAGAAGAAGAAGGGCACGUGGCCCAUCCGCCUCGUCCUCAACUCCAAGGCUUCGAACGUCCUCGAUUUCCACACAAGGCAUUACUCCGGCCGUGGUCUGAUGAAGAAAAUGACCGGCAAAGAGCUCGCCAAGGAGAUUGGCUGCAGCGAGAAGGAUCUCCAGGAGGAGUUCCAGAACUAUAAUGCCAUUGCCAAGGGUGAGAAAAAGGAUACCUGGGGCAAGCAGUAUUACCACAAUAUGCCGUUUGACAUCAGCGACACCUUCCACGUGGCGGUCAUGGAGCCCGUGCUCCACUUCACGAUGGGCGGUAUUGAGAUCAACGACCAAGCACAGUGCUUGAACUCGGAAGGCAAGCCCUUCGACGGUCUGUUCGUCUGUGGUGAACUGGCUGGCGGUGUCCACGGAGCCAACCGUCUCGGCGGUUCAUCAUUGCUUGGCUGCGUCGUCUAUGGGCGUGUCGCAGGAGAGUCAGCAUCGAAAUACCUCUUCCAACAGGCGCUCAACUCCGCUGGUGGCUCCGCCGUAUCUCGUCUUGGUCAGAUCUCUCUGCACAUCGACCCAUCACAGCCCGGCAAGGUGUCCGUGGAAUGGGGUAGCGGUACCGGUGCCGGUGCUUCGGCGUCAGCAGGCGCAUCAGGGCCGGAGCAGCAGAAACAGCUAUCUGCCGGUCCUGUGAUGAAGGGCGGUGCCGACUCCAAGGACCCCGGCAAGGUAUCGAAGCCAAACCAAGUCCAGGAGUUCAAGAUCCCCGAUAAGGAGUUCACUCUUGAGGAGGUGGCGAAGCACAACAAGAAAGACGACCUCUGGAUUGCGGUAAAGGGCAUCGUGCUCGAUGUGACGAACUGGACAGACGAGCACCCCGGUGGCCCUCAGGCGCUAUUCAGCCACAUGGGCAAGGAUGCGUCGGAAGAAUUCGAGAUGCUGCACGACGAUGAGGUUAUUCCCAAGUAUGCGCCAGAAAUUGUAAUUGGGAAGGUAAAGGGACAGAAGGUCACUCUCGAAUAUUAGGAUUUGUAAGAA